AUGGCUGCCUUUGGGGACACUCUAACUGAGACCUCCUCCUCGAACAGAACUGAUGGUAAGUUUCCAUUUUUAAGUUCCAAUACAAAGCCUUUACAUUCCGGGUUACUGUUCCUUCUCAUAUUAUUGCACACUUUUUCAGAUGAGACAGUGGCAGAAUUGAAUCUGUAUUUAGGAUUGGUAAUGAACUGAAUGAGGACCAAUAAACUGAAGUUCAGUCCUUACUAUUGGACUACUGCAGUGUGUUGUAUGUGGGACUCACUUGAAGACUGUUCACAAACUGCCUUGGAUUGGCUGCAAGGAUCAGAUGUUGCCAUUUUUAAAACUACUCCACUUGCUAGUAGCUUGUUUUCUGAACAUAAUUCAAAGUGCUGGCUGUUGCCUGUAAAACCCUAAAUAUGUGUGAUCUGACUCAUUGAAGGAUUGCUUUCUCCUACACAUGGCUGUCUGAUAUUUAAUGUUAAUUUCCAGAGUAUUUAAUGUUAAUUUCUCUGAGUACUACUCCUACCAUGAGAGGCUAGGCAGCUGGUGAUAACCUGCAUUUGAAGAACUUUUCCUAGAUAAUUAUCCUGGCACCAAAUUUGUUUUUUUUCUGGUGGCAUGUGUUCUCUGUUGUCCAGGACUUGCAGGCUAUAAACUGGCUGAUAUUAAUUGCUGGUUUUGCCUCCACUCUCUGUUUUAUCAAUAUAUUAUUUUAUUCUAUUUUAAUAAGUUGUUUUUUGCUGCUCUGAGUAUAUUAGCUGAAGAAUGGAUACGGAUUUUGAAAAUAAAUAAAUAGGUGUCCACAGUCUGGUUGACUUUUUAUCUCCCUUUUCUGAGACUUUAUGUCAACCAGGAAACAGAUCAGCUUCUUGCUGCACAUGGUCUUUUAAGUUCCUUUGAACUGAAAUUUGUUUCCAUUUUAGGAAAUUUCAAAGGUUACAGAGCUAAUGGCUUUGGGGACUUCUGAUUGUAGAAAAAUUAUCCAUGAUGUGACUGUGUACCGUAUAAGGAAACUUGAUAUGCCCUUUAGCUUAUCUUAGCAGUGGGCAACUUUGCAUAUAAAACUUUCCCUACACAGAUAUACAUUAGUAUGGGAUGUGGGGGAAGGCAUUUGCUUAGUGCAUGCUAUGUGUGAUGUUAAUGAAACAUCUGUUUUGCUGUUUAUAUACGCAGCAAUUGAAAAGUAAUUUGUUGGUACCCUGUCACAUAUGCAGUGUCCAUUUCUUUUUUUGCACUGUAUGAAGUUGGUUUAGAAGGUAGACUACACCCUAAAUACAUUUCAGAGUGUCCAGCUGUAACUGCAUCCUACAAACUUCAGGCACUCAGACUCCCUUGGUAAGGAAGUAAGCACUUGCCUCAUCACUUCAAGAUCCAAAUUGCUGGCACUGAACUAAAGACUUGUUAACCAGUGUCCCGGGAAGGAGAGCAAGCACUUGUUCAUGAGGUGCCUGGGAGAAGCAGUUCUGGUGGGAGAAAGGAUAUGACUUGCUCCAUCUUUUCCUGGCUGCUGUGGGUGCCGUCUCUUUCCCUGUCAUCCACAUCUGUGGCUGUGCCCCUAGUCUACUUCCCUCUUUUCAUCUCUCAUAAGGAGUUCUUAUGGAGAUGUUGCAUAGCCUGCAUAUGUGCAUUGCCUUCCAGCACCAUUCUACACUCUUGAUGGGUAAAUGCCAUGUGCGAAGUAGGCCACCAAGGUGAGUGGGUUAGCUGAGAUGUGAAUUUUCCUAUGCAAAUAUUCUCUGGGCACGUCCAGAUGCCCCUAAUUUAAGAGACAGCAUGUGUGCCUUUAGUUUUCCAGGGCGUCUUAAAUAACUUUUCCCAGCACUUCUGCAUUCUGCAAAUAAGAAAUGCUAGAAAUCUAAUGCAGGAUCUCAUACAUGCAGAGUCAUGCUCUGUUCUAUUCUUAAUAAAACUUGUUUCCUAGUGCCAAUAUUCUGAUUAGUAGACAGUCUUCACAUCUUCAUAUGAUUGGCUUAAUAAAUACUAAACAACAUUGUGUUGCCCUCCUGUUUUUGAAAUGUGUCUAGCUCUUGCAUAAUCAAAUUUCAGUUCUUGGAGGAGUUAUCAGCUGACCAAUUCUUCUGACAUACUUCAUAUUGGCAUCUUGUCAGUAGAUGCUUAACCAUGCCAUGCAUAGCAUCAAUCCUGUGAUAAUCAAACUAGGGCCCUGCAUUCCCCUUCAUAUCAGCAUUUGGGUAUUGCAAACAUGUGGCAAUAUGAGAUCAACAGGAAAGAAGCUGUAGCCCAGAGAGACAAACUUUUAAAUUGUAUUUUUGCUGACUUAAAUUCAUGCAAAGGUACCCAAGAAUAUGGAGAGGAAUAAAUAUUGUUUGUCAAUAUGGUGCCUUGCUGUUUGGUUGAACUGCUGUUGUUUUUCCUGUAUUGAAACCUGAGAGUUGCUAAGAAUAACUUCACACUUCCAUCUAGUCAGAUCUGGUACUUCUGCGUCAGUAUUUUCAGCAUUCGUACAGCCUUAUUCUGUACAGCUGUUGGGGAGAAUCAAAGCUUAUUUUGGGGGGAAGCUAAUGCCAAACAGGGCAGCAAUUGCUUCACUUUUCUAGGAGGUGUUCCAAUCUACUGCUGCUUUAGGGUAGUUGCCAACUUCACUUGACAUGUCCGGCAGCAAAUGAGAAUUGCAGUGCUGUUGGUUGGGAAUGUAAUCAAGAGCUCAGCUCCUCGGUCCUGAGUAAGUGUUAGCAUUUUAUAAAGCCACACUUCAAUAUGUUUUUUAUGAGCAGCUAAAAAGUUCCACUUUUCUUUUAAGAUCUCAUUUGAUCAAAUGAAAGUUAGUCUGUUUGCAUAUUCACAUUUGAAUUGUGUCCAGAGGCUGAUGCAAAUAAGCUAGGAAAUAUAGUUAUUGUUUAUAAGAAAAUGGCUUUUCCUUUUUAUCAUAUACUGUAGAAGCUCUGCUGCAAUGUUUGAGGUGCCUAGCUGCGUAGUGUACAGAUAAGCUACACUUCUCUAAAGUGUAAUGUUUUGAGCCUAAUCUACCAGUUGUUUUUCUUUUCCCAGCAUUCUGCAGUUCCAGUGACGGUUCUUCAUUUCAGCCCAUCAAAACCCAAGUGGCCAUCCCUACAGCUCAUGUCAUGCCUUCCAUGCUAGAUAGGUCUUCUUGUUCAGUGGGUGAAUCAAGCGUGCUUCGGACCACCCUGACUUCCUCUCUGCCAGUCUCUUCAAGUAGCACAGGAGGGCUGAUGUCCAACCAUGAUCCUGAUACUCUGAGGCACUCCCAGGUGUUUCACAGGAACCCUGUUCAUCUUUAUCAAACUUCAAUGGAAAAUGGCUGUAACCAAUCCUCUUUCCUUGCUCCUGACCAAACAAGUGUGGAAUGUGCUCAGAAACCCAUUAGAUUGGCUGCUGAACUCACGUUUAACCAAUCUCCUCUUCUGGAUAAGCAGUCUGCUGGUCCUUGGUCCCAGCUUCAAAUGUGUAAUUCAGAUACUGCUGUUACUGGCCUAGAAAAAGAUCCAUGCAAAGUGCUGCUAGAUGUUAAACCAGCAACAGAAACCAACAGAGUCUGUGAAAAGCAGGUACCCUUGGGGCUUAAUCCUGCUACUAUGUACCCCAGCCCAACAGCUGCUCAGUCUCAGCUGUGGAAGCAGGAAACUUGCACACUACAUCAGCAUGAGAAUUGUGCGCUUAGUGCCUGGAAUCAGCACUUGGACCGUGUUCGCCUGCAAUUGGAGCAGAUUCAGGUAGAAGGUCUUUUUGAAACAAUCUGCUUUAGUUUAAGAGAGUGUGUGGACACAACAAGAGUUUAAAGUUGAAUAGCACUUUUAGCCCUUAUUCACAGUUGCAUAUAAACAGAGUUAUUCCAUUGCAUGUUUAUUUUUCUGAAAUAUAUAUGUUUCCACUUUCUAUUUAAGUGUGAGUCUUUCUCCUCUAAAUUGUUUUCUGCUUUAAUCUCUAUGAUAGUGGUUUAAUAGAAAUAAAAUAUACAGUUGUCAGUGACUAAUGCUGUUGUAUGGAUUUGUCUGGUGAAAGAGUACAAGGUAAUAUGCUUCAUUGACUAACAAUUAAUGAGGGUGGAAUUGAUAAUCAUUAGUAUUGUCUAUGUGGUGCUUUAGUUUACAGGGAGAGGUGGCACUGUGCCAUUUUUCAAGGAGAAGUUCCUGAAAAAAUGGGCAGCUCAUGGGUAUGCAUAGGGAGAAGUCCUGCAUUUGUUGUAUCUGGGUUUUAAGGAGUUUAGGGAUUCUCCAAAGUGCAUAUUCCAGCCUUGUUUUUCCAAAUGUUGUUACUAUAUAUCAUGAGUUCUUUUUUACUGUGUAUGGAAAAAAUUGCAGACAAGUAACAGUUAGCAAAAUGACUGUGAUUCAUUUUGCCUUUUUGAAAACUUUGUCAUAAAAUCCACACUCUUCUAGUGAGAUGAAACCAUCUUUGUUUAGUGACUUAGAGCAAAUCCCUUCCAUUCCCUGCAGAAAGGGAACUUUCAUGGUUGGUCCAGUGUAUCAUUUCUCUGUAACACACAGAGUGAUCUAAAAUUAUUGAGUGCAAUUCUUUAUGGAGCUAUUUUUUUCAUAGUGUUUUGAUGUGGGUCUGGAAUAGCUGGGUGUCAGAUGAGUCCUCUAUGGUUUCUUCAACACAGAAACCAUGGAAGCAAAUAGCCUCUUAAAAGUUGUGUCUGAACUGAACCUAAUGCCUUAUUUCUGUCUGACCCUCAUGAUUCCAGCUGCAAAACAAAGCUCCUUGCUACCAUCCCUUGGGGAGCAGUACUUCACUGCACACUGUUGAUCCAGCCCAGUGGGUUGGUAUUGUAAAUUCAAAUGAGAACCUGCUCAGGGAGAAAGAAAUCCUCAUUGACAGGUAGGAAAUGGAAAUAAUCUUUUAGAUUUCCAACUAUCAAGUCUUGAGACUGUCGCUCAGUUAGCAUGUAAUUAACAUGUAACACUAAGCCAUACUAUGGUUUAGCAUGAAUGAGCAAACAUGGGGGUUCUGGCAUUUAAGUUGUCACACUAAGCUGUGACUUGGUUUAGUGUUAUAUUCAAACCUGGGCUCAUGUUUUGUCUCACUUUCAGACAACACAUAUUUAUUGUUUAAAUUGAGGGAUGACAAUGGAAGGUAGCCUCAUCCCCAGUUACCUUUUCCCUUUCCAUUACUCUCCCUCCCCCACCUUUGCUUCCUGUCUUUAGAUUAUAAGCAGGCAUUGGUAAAUGCCAUUUAAAAACUUGUAUAAAGUCCAUCCUACUGAAUAAAACUUCUUGUUUUCUUAAUACCUGACUUUGCAAAUGUAAAUAUGUGUGUUGGGGUUAUUCCUUUUUUGAAGGCAAAGGCAACACAUUUCACAGCUGGAGCAGAAAGUACGAGAAAGUGAGCUGCAAGUCCACAAUGCCCUCCUGAGCCAUCCUGCUGCUUAUGGGGACUUGUAUCUGCUCAGAAUGCAGGUAAGUACCAUCAAUUCAUGGCUGGUGUGGCUUUUUUUUAAAAAAAAUUCUUUUUAUUAGUUUUCUAUGCCAAACAACAACAAAAAAAAAGAAAAAGAAAAAUGAACAAAACACACCAAUGAAAAAAGAAAAGAAAAACAUCAACCGAAACAAAAAAUAUAAACAAACCAGAAGACAAACAUCGGUGUGGCUUGAAGAUUCUAUUUCCUUCAUUUUUCUGAAGUAAGAGCUACAGAAAUAAUGCUUGAGUGAAGAAGGUUGGAUUAGGGAAAUGCCAUACUAGUAAUCUACCAUUGCAGGAUCUUCUGAAGCUCUGGAUCUGACAGUAUCCACCAUACCAUUGGUCUUUUUUCUUUUCUUUUCUUUUCUUUUUUUUGCAAUUGCUGCUUUUCUGGGGGUGCAAUAUUUGGUGUGGAUUUUGAGAAUGCUUGGAAGCUAGUAUGAUCCUCUUUAACUCUUUUGCAGGAAAUGCAGCGGGAGAACAUAUUCUUACGAGCUCAGUUUACUGAAAAAACAGAAUCUCUUACUAAGGAAAAGAUUGAAUUGGAGAGGAAACUGGCUGCUUUAGAAGCAAGUGUAAAACAGAUCCAGGAGGCCCAUAAGGAGACUAUACAGAAGCAUACAGUGGAGCUGAAGAAACAAGAUGAAAGGGUGAGCUGUCUCUAUUAAUACAACAGGUGUCUCCCUGUUUCCACUAAGAUACUUGGUUACAAAAGGAAAACAGUACAUGGGCACAUGGUAUAUGCAGAGUGUUUUGCUUCGGAUUAUGGACACUGCAGGUAGUAAGAAUAAACUAUCACAAAAUAUGCAAGGAAUGUUGGUAUACAGAAUCCUCCCCCUCAUGCAUUUUGGGGUUAAGGCAAGAGUACAACAGCUUCUUGCACAUAAGUUUAUAUUGAAGGAUUGACUCUUGAGCAAAAAAACCUAGUACUUGGCUCUUCUGGCAUCUAAACCUGGAGUCUUGAAAGAGUUCUUGCUUCCUGAUCUUGCAUCAUGUAGCAUUGCUUUUGGAAAUUGGUUUCUGUGCUGAAGAUCAGUAAUGUGAGUUAGAAAUAAUUCUGUUUCAUUAGUAACAAUGAAUGGAUGCUAAUUGCAAUACUCCUGCCAACCUAGCAGUUCGAAAGCACGUCAAAGUUCAAGUAGAUAAAUAGGUACCGCUCCAGCGGGAAAGUAAACGGCGUUUCCGUGCACUGCUCUGGUUCGCCAGAAGUGGCUUAGUCAUGCUGGCUAUAUGACCCGGAAGCUGUACGCCGGCUCCCUCGGCCGAUAAAGCGAGAUGAGCGCCGCAACCCCAGAGUCAGCCACGACUGGACCUAAUGGUCAGGGGUACCUUUACCUUUAAUUGCAAUACAUUUAAUAGGCAAGCUUAGCAAAUUCAAAGUUUAUUUACUAAAUAAAAAUAAAAUAAAAUAAACAUGUUAAACAAUUUUGCUCUCUGGGGCAUCAGAAUUCCUCUCCACCAAAACCCCACAUCAGCGUUGAAGAUUCUAAAUAGUGAAAUGCAAUGGGCAGAAAGCUGAGCACAUCCAGAUUUUUCCAAAACAGUAGCACCAGUACUGGACUGGGUUUCUCUGAGCACCCAAAUCCUACGGUUUUUUAAUAAUGAAGCUUUAACUGUGCUCUGCAUGUAAAAUGUGUUGCAUUCUUCAUCAGCAUGUCUUAAAGAGAACAUUUUUUUUACUUAGCUGACACAACUUACCCCCUGACAUCAUGUUGCUGCUUUUGUGUAGCCUGGAGUGAGAUUAGCCUGCUCUGUGUGAUGGCCCAUUCUGUCUUGAAGUACUCUGCUUGAAUGAAGCCUCUAAUGUAUAUUUUAUUUGUUGCUUGUAGGUUAAAAUAGUGUUUGCCCCUCAAAGCUGAUACAUGCACUCACUCAAUGAGUGAAAAACAGUCCUCUAAGAAAGCCCCUACUUUUGUUCUUUGUUUGUGCAGGUAAAGGCAAGAGAUAAACAUAUUGAGCACCUGAAAAAGAAGUGCCAAAAAGAAUUUGAACAGAACCGUGAGAAACAGCAGAGAAUUGAGACUCUGGAGCGUUACGUUGCUGACCUUCCAAUGUUGGAAGAUCAUAAGAAACUCCACCAUCAGGUAUAUUGGUAUCUCCUGGAUACAGCUGCACUUGUGCCAGGUCUUUGCAUCUAACUGAGUGUGCAUGGCUGGCUGGAAUGGCAAUCUGUUUUCAGGAAGUGAAAUAUUCUGAUCUAUUCAAAUUUCUUGGAAGAAGAUGUAGGAGACAUAUGCUUUGCAUGAAAGAAAAACUGCUAGGAAAGAAUUCUGUUGGUUCUGAAGUGUGCUCUCUCUCUCUCUACUUUUUUAGUUAAAAGAAUCUCAGCAGGCAACUACAGCUUUGCAGGAAUCAGUGACCACUCUUGAGAAAGAGCUUGCAGAUGUUCGUGCCAAUUGUAGAGAGAAGGAGCUGCACCUAGAAAUGCAGAAACACAAAGAAAUGGAACUGCUUUCUACCGUGCGCAGGUAAUGCUCUUGGGAACUGUGAGUGAAGAAACAGAACGAAAUAAGAGAAUGUUAUUUGGUGUGGUCUCAAAGUCUUAUAUUGUAUAGUGCUUGUGGUGGAACUUCCCUAUAAUGUCUCCUUAACACAAAUGUGACUAUGACUUAAGAAUGUCUUUAAAAUUUAAAAUUUAAAAUUUUGUUACUUAAAAUGCAUGCUUUUGGAGUAGAGUAGGCUUUCUACUUGGUCAAUAUGGGAUCAUGGGAUCAAUAUGGGGUGGCCGUAGUUCAGAUUGAGUAUUAUGAAAUCCAUCUUCAAAGGGUGAACUUGUUGAGGUCAUUCCAUUUAGCAUUGGUAUCUUGUUUCUUAGUUUACAAGAUAAAAUGCAGCGUGGGAAGAAUUCAGCAACAGACGACACUGCCCAGGAGUUGGAGAAAGAGAAACAAGAAAAAGUUUCCCUGCAAAAUGAAUGUGAUCUCCUUAGGAAGGUAACCUACUCCCAGUGGGGAAUUGGUGGUUAUUGUGGAUCUCAUAUUCUCUGGCAAUUGGAUCAUAUUCUUUGUGCAGUCCCACAUAUGGGUUCUGUAUCUGCUAAGAUAGACAUCUCUUUUAGAUAGGUUGUGCCAAGCUCAGUGAUUAACAUCACACCCCUACCUCUAGGUAAGCAACCUUGCUAUUCUCCUAUUUGUGAAACUGCACAGAGAUAACAAAGAAUAACAAAACAGCUUGGAUUGUCAUUCACUGAGGCGUCAUUGUGUGCUUGCACCCUUCUUCCUCACUGCAGAUGCCAUUAGGACCUGCUGUCACUUGAGUACUUCUUGUAUAGUCCCUGCAACAGUGUGUUAGGAACUGAGCAGGAAGGCAGGAGCCAUGUCUCCAGGAUAUGCACUGUGAGGGUUGGGAGCAAGCUUCCCAUCAAAAUUUGUAUUGUCUAGUUUAGAAAGCUUUUCUUUUUCUUUUUUACUAUUACCCCAGUUUAUAUUUUUAUGUGAGAACAGAAGGAGGAAAGGGGCUCCAGAUUCCAGAAGCCAUGCUUCUGCCUAAGCCACCUACCAGCCUGGUGCCUGCCUUUCAGCAAGAGACUGGCGUCUCUAAGGAAGUUCCUGCUUGCAGGCUGUUGAGCUCCACCUGCUCAGGAGACAGAGCAGUCAGGCGACGUUAGGCUGCAUGCUCGCUUGCUCGCACACACAAUAUCUCCAAGGAUGAUUUUUGCCUGCCGCUGAGGAGGCGGACGGGAGACAGAGAGCUAAGGCAGAGGGUUACCUGCAGUUCACACACGAUUUCUCAAAAAGCAAUUUUUGCGUCAGCUUGCUACUACAGGAAGCACAGAAGAGCAUCUGAGGCAGAAUUAGCAAUAGCAAUGGCUGCACAGGACAGGAAGAAGCAUUGGCUUCCUGAGUUUUGCAUUGUUGUGCUUUUUGACUAUUGCACACAAGCACACAUACGAUUCACGAUAUAUUGUCAGAUAAUUUUUUAAAACAAAUGGUUAUCACAAUUUGCUCUUUAUAUCGAUAUAAGACAAUAUAUUGAUAUAUUGCCUGACCCCAGCGCAGAACUCGUAUGUGACUGCACAGAUGACCACGUGAGGAAUCACGGUUACAGAUAAGCAUCUGAAGAGGGAAGAGUUUAAAUCAUGAAGAUCUUAAGCUCAACAAUCUAGUGCUUCCUGCAAGUGUGAUCCUGAAUUAGUGGUGUAUUGCUGUGAAGAGUUAUAUUUCAGGACAAAUAAUCUCUUCUGAACAGUCCACAAACAAUUUGGGGUUGAGAGUAAGAUCAGAAUGUAAUCUCUCUAAUUGCAAAUAUGGGGUCCUACACAGUAGUGCAGUGCUCAUAAAUGCAUUUGUUAAAACAAUAAUCAUUCAAUUUUUAUUAUUUUGCUAAGAGACUAAAAGUUUUCAUCUUUUUCAGAUUGUGGAUAAUCAGAAGAAGAAGAUGAAUCGGUUAUCUUCAGAAGUAAAGGUGAGUUCAAAUUGAAGGAUUGGAUAUAUGGUUCAUGUAUCCAAAUCAUCAACAGGAUAAUCAGAAUUUGUUUGUUCUUGUAUUCCAGGAUCUAGAGAAUCGGAUUGCUCAGGAGGAAGACACAGGUCAAGCUCUCAAAGUGGAAGCACUGAGGCAGGAGAAUGUAAUGCAACAACUGCGCAUAGCAGUGAAAGAGGUAGUCUCCCUUUUAAAUAUUGGCAUUUGUUAAACAGAUUAACCAGCCAAACAACUAUAUAGUAGGAUCUCCAUUCCUAGUCCCUCGCUCCCUCCCUUUUUGCUUUAGAGCACCUUGACUGCCUAGUAAGUCUGUUUUACUUCUCAGAUUUGUAGCCUUAUUUGAAUCCUCCUUCCCUUUGGUUUGUUAUACCCAUAUAGAAAUAGUGUUUGGUGUUUUUGGUACUCCUGGGGCUGUACAGCAAUUUGUAGCUUGCAGUGGCUUUUGGUUACAACAGCAUAGUAUCAAGUAGCUCAGGAUCUAGUAUCUCUUUUAUUCCCACCUCCCCAGUAAUUAUGGUUAGAAUUGAGAUCACACAGUGACCUCUGAUAUUUUAUAACGCCAUUAGAAAGUGGGUGCUGCCGCCAAUCUGAAGGUUUCCAGCAUAGAAGACAUACUGCAGAAUUGCAGUCUCACACUAGGGGGUGAUAGAGAUCUUCUUUAAUGCUCCAGCUUCUCUUCCCCAUUCCUUUUAGCUUUCUGUACAGAACCAGGAACUGAUGGAAAAAAAUCUGACUCUUCAGGAGCACCUCCGGCAGAUUGAGCCGGGUCAGCUACUGUCUGAUGAAACAGCCCACCUUAUUCAAGAGCUGCAUAGAGAGCUAGCCAGCUGCCUGCAGGACCUGCAGUCUGUCUAUAGCGUUGUAACGCAAAGGGCUCAAGGAAAGGAUCCCAACUUGUCUUUAUUGUUGGGGAUUUGCAGUAAGUAAAACUGAGUUUUUUUCAGCAGCUAGUAGUAGAGGAAUAUUCUUUCUUUGGGAUUCUGAAGAUGUAACGCUUCUCCUGUUUUAUUGGUUGCCUGUUGAUAGGACAAGGGUUGCCAACGCUUUCUAGGUCUGUGGGCAUAUUUGGCGUUUUGAGAUAGGUCUGUGGUCAUAGCCAUGUCUCUCCUCAAUCCCCUGGGUCAUUCUGCUCCCACAAUGGACAGAGGAGCACACACAAAUUCCUUGCUUUUUCGUGAGGUCUAUGUAAAACUGAGAUCCAGUAGAACUGAUACAGCCUCAUGGAUUUGCCUGAUUUUACACAGAGCUCUCAAAAAGCAAUUCAAAAUAAAGCUUACAUUGGUAGCCUGUUCAGUAAAAAUUACAUCCAGCCGCUUGCCAACACUGCUAAAAUAUGAAUACAAAUCACAGAUUUUAAUCAUUACACACAAUGGUGACUUUAAGGGAAUCUCUGGAAAAAAAAUGAUGAUCCAUAAGCCUUAGAUUCAUGAGUUUGCACCAUGUCAGUGCUGGAAAACACUGGAUCCAUGAAUCUUAUGACUCAUUAAAUGGACAUAUGAUCUGUGAGGAACUGAAAAAACGUUAUGCCAUUUCAAGAGGAUCCAUUUUACAUGUGGUGCGUGCACCCACAUGCUCUGCCUGGCAUUCCUCUCUCCCUCCUGACUCCAGCACCCUAAUUUCUCUCCUGAGCCCCCCCUCUUUAGCUGCUUGGGUGCUGCUUGAAGCCUUGAAAAGCCUAGGGAACUGAAAAACGAAAUGCAGGAGAGGGUAGGUCACUUCCUCCACCCUUGCCUCCUAAUGACAAAGGUUAUGGAGAGUAUUGGGGGCACUAGGAAAAGUCUGUAGGAAAGUCUGUAGGAAAAGAGUGUCGUGGUGCCCCCAUUUUGGCAGCUUGGGGUUUUAUGCUGAGGAUAUCUUGUAAAUUGUUUUGCUGUCAUCAAAAUUAUUCAGUUAUGUUUGCUUCACUUGAAAUACCGUUUCAGAAUCACUAGACCAAUGACAUUCAACACUUCUCAGUAUACUUUCUUAACCAUUUGGAGACAUACCCAAAUGUGUAUUAAUAAUAGUGAGAGCUAGAAUGUGCUUUAAAAGUGGGGGGGGGGGGAAUAAAUCUGUUUCUAGCCUUAAAUGGGAUAUCUGCAAUCCCUGAAUAUUACCUCACUCAUCUAUAACUUUGUUCUCCAAUAUCACAGCUGUGCACUGUUCAGUUAAAGAAAAGGAUGACUUACAGAAACCGGGCAUGAUAGCGAAGAAGCUGGAGGAUGUAAAACAAUUGCGCAAAGAGAUUGAAGAUUUACGGACUGCUAUUUCUGACAGAUAUGCACAGGAUAUGGGGGAUAACUGUAUCACGCAAUGA